AUGGUGUCAUUCAGGGGAGACACCCAGGCUGAAGAGGCCCGGUGUCCUGGCAUGGCGGUGGCAUUGGGCCGUGACUUUGGGGUCUGCGACAGUGUGUCAGGAUGUGGCCUCCUGCCAGGCAGGUGUGCUGGCAUCGCUGCAGGCCUGGAAAGUGGCAGAGACCAUGCAGCUCACUGCAGAGCGCACCAGCAGCCCUUACCACUGGGGUUUCCUUGUCUAAGAGAAGCCUGCUCUUUGCAAUAUGCUUUAUGCCACAUGGAGGACGGUUACAGGGAUGCAGAGAAGAACUUUCACAAUAUAUCAACCAGAUGCUCCUAUACAGAUUGCUCUGGCAAUGAAGAAACUGAAGAUGUCUCAGGAAUUCUCCAGUGUACAGCUAAUGUACUUGGUUUGAAGUUUGAGGAAAUGCAAGAAAAGUUUGGGGAGGAAUUCUUCAAUGUCUGCUUUGACGAGAAUGAAAGAGUUCUUCGAGCUGUAGGUGGGACCCUUCAAGACUUCUUCAAUGGCUUUGAUGCUUUGCUGGAGCACAUUAGAACUUCAUUUGGAAGACAGGCCACCCUGGAAUCCCCUUCUUUCCUAUGCAAAGAGCUCCCUGAAGGCAAUCUCAUGCUUCAUUACUUUCACCCACAUCAGAUUGUGGGAUUUGCAAUGGUGGGAAUGAUAAAAGCAGCAGCAAAGAAGAUUUACCGCUUGGAAGUGCAAGUAGAACAGGUCACUAAUGACAAGUUGUGUUCAGAGGGGACGAACCCAGGAAACUGCAGCUGUCUGACUUUCCUUAUCAAAGAACAUGAAAAUGCAAAUAUCACAAAAGCACUUCCACCGGGAACUUCCCAGUCCCCCUUAGACCUGAGGAUUAGCAUCAGCACCUUCUGCAGAGCUUUCCCCUUUCACCUCAUGUUUGAUCCAAACAUGUUGGUUCUCCAGCUUGGAGAAGGUCUUAGGAAGCAGCUCAGAUGUGACACUCAUAAAACUCUGAAAUUCCAGGAGUGCUUUGACAUAGUUUCUCCUAAAAUCAGUGCCACGUUUGAACGAGUCCUCCUGAGAUUAUCUACUCCCUUUGUCAUUCGGACCAAGCUUGAGGAUUCUGACUCUGAAAAUAAAGAUAAG